AUGUCCAAAAAGUUGGGCCCACCGUCCAGUCGGUCGGAACCGAUGAAACAAACGAGCCUGAGCAGUUUCAUCAGGAAGAAGGACAAACCGCAAGUCGAGCAAUCGUUGAGAUUCCACACCGAAGCAGAACUCCAGAUUACCUCUACGACACCUUCCGAGUCGACUAAGGUGCUAUCUUCACCGAGCAUAUUUAAGCCGAAAUUGCCAGUGUCGAAAAGAACGGCCACAGUUAUCAAUUUACUGUGCAGCGAUUCAGAUGAAAACAGUAGGUCUCCAAUCAAGGCUUCUUCCGAUAAACCCGACGAUCGGAAGCGUCUACCAGCACGAGACAUAUUCAAGGAGUGCAUUGUCGAAGGCAAUACACCUGUUAACGGUUAUGACGAGUACGAUCUUAUGGUGGUUAAUACUAAGCCACUGCCAAAGCCAAUCAAUAAUGAUCCGAUUGAGUUGAACCUGUUGACCAACGAACGCUAUAUGCAAGCGCAGAAAAAGCUAGAGGAAAACAUGCACAAGCUGGCGAAAAUCAGCCCGGAAAAGACACCAAAGUUUGAGUUCAAACUGCCCCAAGCAAAUCGUAUGUCGCUGGCUUUGGACAAGAGUAGCGUGUUCAGCAACGAUCCUGAAGAUGACGAUGAUUUUGAGAGGAAAAAACCAAUUAACUUCACCUCUACUCCCGUUGCAGCGGGUGAUGUCGCUAAGCGCAAUGGCAUACAUGAGAAAAAAGACAAAGUGGACACACCGUCCGAACUCGCACGAUUGCUUACUCCUGGCAAGGGAACAGCGCAUUUUCAGUUCGAUAAAAGUUUAGAAACAUACCUAGAUGAAGUAAGCGGUAGUGCCUGGUUCAACUCGAAAAGCCCACACGAACGUGAGGUGCGCAAAAAUGUCCAAUUUCUGCAAGAAGCACAGCUGACAUUGCUCAACCAUUUCUACGAUCUCUUUGCGAAGGUACCGAGCAAAACCUUUCUGCGAAUUGAUAAAAGUUUUGAUGUCGCAUGUUUUGAUCGGCUGAAAUCUACCAUAGAAAGUAUUCGAGGAAAGACUGAGGUGUACGACCGGGCGCUUGCAAAAAUGUCGAACCCGAAACUAUCGAAUGUUUCGACGAACGUUCAUAAUGACUCCAGCUUACAGUCACAGAAAAAGAGCUCCGCCACAGUGAGCACUGCUCCAAUUGUAUAUGAUGUUCCGUUUAACGACAGUAGUCUGUUGGAAGAAAAUGAGCCCAUAGAGCAGGCGUUUCCACUUGAGUCUAGUCGGGACGAUAGCUUAGUUUCAACGAGAUGCAAAUUCGAUGAAUUUGAAAAAGAAUUCGGGUUGCGAAAAAUCCAAGAAACGAGCACAAAAGCGGCGCCGGCAUGCGCACCCUUAUUGAAGCCGCUAGAAAUCGCAAAAUCAUCCGGAAGUGGCGCUACGUUUGUAUUCAAGAAACCUAUUGCCAGUACGCUGUUGAACCGCGCGGAUACACCGCCACAGAUAGCCAAUCAACCGAAGGCUGUUAACAGGCAGAGGGACUCAUUCUCGUCCUUUAUUGAUAAGGAUUUAAUCGAUCCAGACGACCAAGUGGAUGAGGACGACAUCCUGAACAGCAUUCGUGAAGCGGAAUUGAUCGAUCAGGGUCGCCAUUCGAACCUCAGCACUGUGGAUUUGACUACACCAAACACAUCGAUGAGGCGGUCCGAUCCUCCGCGAAUAACGUUCCCGGUGGAACCAAUGCCUCCAGUUUCACACCGAAAUACUCAGUUCAUUGAGGACAUCCAUACUCAGCUCGACGACGAUGGCUGGCAGGUGUACGAUCCAACGAUGUACGACGGCGUGGAAAUGGUUCCAGCGCCAUCGAUAGCUACACAGCCGGGCUCUGGGGUAUCAUCGUCGAGCAUACAAGUGACGGGGGGUGACAUCGGGCGCUUCCACGAAGGUAUUCGCAACGAUGGCAUCACUGGCGAGUUCGAUGGGAUGUCCUAUCCGCACUCCGUGCGGCUGCAGCUCGCGUUCAAGGAAACGUUCGGUUUACGGACGUUCCGGCCAAACCAGCUGCAGGUGAUCAACGCGACCCUGCUGGGGAAGGACUGCUUCGUGCUGAUGCCGACGGGAGGCGGUAAAUCAUUGUGUUACCAGCUACCGGCGGUUCUUACGGUCGGUCUGACCGUCGUGGUCAGCCCGCUGAAGUCACUCAUUCUCGAUCAGGUGCAGAAGCUGAAUUCGCUCGACAUUCCGGCGGGGCACAUGUCGGGCGACAUCAGCGUUGCAGACGUGCAGCGCAUUUACGACGAUCUGUACAGCAGCUGUCCGGAACUGAAGUUGCUGUACGUGACGCCGGAGAAAAUUUCCUCCUCAGCCAAAUUCCAAAAUCUGCUUUCGGCGCUCUACCGACGCGGCCAGCUUGGGCGGAUUGUGAUUGACGAGGCACACUGUGUGUCCGCGUGGGGGCACGAUUUUCGGCCCGAUUACAAAAAGCUUUCGGCGCUGCGAGAGCAGUUUCCCACCGUCCCGAUUAUCGCCCUAACCGCUACUGCGAAUCCGCGCGUUCGGUUGGAUAUACUCGCACAGUUGAAGCUGGCCCGUGAUACGCGCUGGUUUCUGUCCAGCUUUAACCGGCCCAACCUCAAGUACCUGGUGCUGCCGAAGAAGGGUACCUCGACCAAGGCGGAGAUGAUCGAGCUGAUCCGGAAGCGAUUUCCGCGUGACACCGGCAUCGUGUACUGUCUGUCGAAGAAGGAAUGCGACCAGCUGGCGACUGAAUUUCGGCGGGCGGGCAUCAAAGCGAAGAGCUACCACGCUGGCCUAACCGACUCGGUGCGUGAGGAAACGCAGAAGGAGUGGAUCGGCGAUCGGAUCAAGGUGGUGUGUGCAACGAUCGCCUUUGGCAUGGGCAUCGACAAGCCGGAUGUCCGGUAUGUGCUGCAUUACUGCAUGCCGAAGUCGAUCGAGGGCUACUACCAGGAGUCGGGCCGUGCUGGUCGAGACGGAGAGAUUGCCACCUGCAUUCUGUACUACAACUAUUCGGACAUGCUGCGCUACAGGAAAAUGAUGGACAGUGACACCAACAUUUCGAUGGAAGCGAAACAAAUUCAUAUGAACAACCUCUUCCGGAUGGUGAACUACUGCGAGAACGUUACCGACUGCCGCCGUACGCAGCAGUUGGAGUAUUUCGCGGAGUACUUCACGAGUGAACAGUGCCUUUCGAACCGGGCGACGGCAUGCGACAACUGUCUGACGCAGAGCAACUAUCGCUCGAUUGACGUGACGGACGACUGCGUAAUGAUUGCGAAGGCGGUGCGAGAUCUGUGUGGUGGCCGCAACCGAUUCACGCUGCUUCACCUGGUGGAGGUCCUGAAAGGAAGCGAGAUGAAGAAGGUGCUUGAAAACGGCCACAACCGGACGGUGUACCACGGGAAGUUGAAAGCGUGGGAACGGUGCGACAUCCAGCGUUUGCUGCGGAAGCUCGUGAUCGAGGAGUACCUCAAGGAGGAUCUGAUCUUCAGCAAUGACAUCCCGCAGGCGUACCUGCGCAUCGGAAGCAAGAUCGAGAGUCUCGUCGGGCGGCGGGUGCGGAUCGAGUUCUCGAUCAAGGAAAAGCAGCAGUCCCGCGGAAAGGUGACGAAACAGGAUGUCACAGCAGCGCAGGAAUCGACCAUUGGCACGCAGAUCAGCGCAGAAUUGCGCGAGCUGCAGACGCGCUGCUACAACGAUCUGCUCGAGAUUUGCCGAGCGAUCGCGAUGCAGAAGAACGCCACACUUGCGUCCAUCAUGAACAUCCAAGCGCUGAAGACGAUGUCGGAAAAGCUGCCCGAAUCGCCGGCCGAGAUGUUGGCCCUGCCGCACGUCACCAAGGCUAACUUCGAGAAGUACGGCAAGCAGCUGCUGGAAAUCACGCAGAACUACGCAGCAGAGAAGCUGUGCUUUCUGAUGGACACCCAGGAUCAGGACGAAGCGAAGGCUGCUGCUGAGCUGUCGGGUGAGGAUGAUAGCGAUGGUAGCGCGGACGGCACCGAUUGGAAUGCGUUAGCGAGGGCAGCUUCCCAUGGCGCAGGAGGUUCGGGGUACAAGCGCAAGCGGAGCUGGGGUACCGGGAGUGGGAAAACGAAAGUGUUCCGCAGGGGAACGGGACAACGGAAAGCGGCUACCGGGAGGAAACGGACAUCGACGGGCACGAAACGUGGAGGUGCAACCAAGCGUGGCGGAAGCAGUCGAGGUAGAGGAACUGCUAGGGUUAGCUACAACUUGCUUCCGAUGCCUGGUGAAUACUAAAACGGGGUGGGAAGUCGUGCUAAAGUGUACAGUUU